AUGUCUGCCCAAGCUUCUCCUGGAGAGGAUCGAGCCUCACUAACAUCACGAGUCAUCCCGACGAUGACUUUGUCAGAAAGCUCCAACCCGCUGACUCGUCCCCUUGAUCGGGUUCCAUUCACAUCCGCACAAGAGCGCGCAGCAGCUCGAUUUCAGGUCAACGGCAAAGCAGUCGUUACAGGUGGAGCUGGCGCUCUGGGGUUGAUCUCCGCGCAAGCGCUCCUCGAGCACGGAUUGUCGUCACUAUGCCUCAUGGAUCUCCCAGGUACACUUGACACAUCCGACCAGCAAAUCCAGGAGCUUGUGUCAAAGUUCCCCUCCUCCAGCAUCAGCAAGAUCCCUCUAGAUGUGACCUCCAUGGAAUCCAUCGAAGCCGCCUUCGAGUUAGCAAACAAAACCAUGGACGGAAUUGACAUUCUCUGCUGUUUCGCCGGAAUCCCAGGCUGUCAGCCAUCACUUACUGUGACGCCCGGUCAAUUCAACCGGGUGAUGGACGUCAAUUUGAAUGGUUCAUUUUUCUGCGCCCAGGCCGCUGCAAAGCGCAUGGAAGCCUCGGGAACAGGUGGAUGCAUCUUGUUCACUGCUUCCAUGUCGGCCCACUACACCAACUUCCCCCAGCCACAGGCUGCCUACAAUGCAAGCAAAGCUGGGGUCGCACAUCUGACUCGGAAUCUGUCUGCUGAGUGGGCGGUGCAUGGAAUCAGAGUGAACAGCAUCAGCCCUGGGUAUAUGGAUACCAUUCUCAAUGCUGGUGAUGGACUUGCAGACAUUCGGAAGAUUUGGGAUAGUCGCUGUCCUAUGGGUCGGAUGGGCGAUCCUGAGGAGAUUACUGGGGCUGUUGUUCUUCUCUGCAGCAAGCGUGCUGGUCGGUAUAUCACUGGUGCUGAUAUUAUCAUUGAUGGUGGCACUUUGACCUUGUGA